GUGAUUGGCUGCUUGGUUGGACCGGAAGCGGAAGCGGGUGAAAGAUGCCUGUGAAGGGAAAAGGGAAAGGAUGGAGAAGUGGGUUUUGACUGCUGAAGAGACUUCAGUCAUCCAAUCCUUGGUUAAUGGAUUCCAGGUCUUAAGUGUUUGAAUCUGUGCUAGUUUGUUUUGACUGCUGAAGAGACUUCAGUCAUCCAAUCCUUGGUUAAUGGAUUCCAGGUCUUAAGAGUUUGAAUCUAUGCUAGUUUGGAAGAAACAAAGACUGCUUUGUCUUACAAUUAUCAAGUGAGGUGCAUUUUUGAUAUUGAACAUGGCAACAACUCUUUCAGUGUUGCAAGAGGAACUUGCUUCUGUAGAUAGUGAACUGCAGGCAGUGGAGAUCCAAGUCCAAGAACUCCUGGAACGUCAGCAGGACCUUCUUCAGAAGAAGUCAGUCCUGACAAAGAAAAUAAAGCAAUUUUCUGAUACUGAGAGUGGGAGCAGCAAAGAUACGGAAUCAGCAGUAGAGGACUGGAACAAGGAAGAUUUUCCAUGGUCCAAAAAGGUCAGAGAAGUGUUGCGAAAUAACUUCAAGCUCCCCAAAUUUAGACCUUUACAACUGGAAACAAUCAAUGUAACAAUGGCAGGAAGAGAUGUGUUCCUUGUUAUGCCUACAGGUGGAGGGAAGAGUUUGUGUUACCAGCUACCAGCAGUAUGUUCUGAUGGUUUCACACUUGUGAUAUGUCCUCUGGUUUCACUUAUGGAGGAUCAGCUAAUGGUGUUGGAGCAACUUAAAGUUUCUGCAACGUUAUUGAAUGCCUCUAGCAGCAAGGAACAUGUAAAAUGGGUCUAUGCUGAAAUGCUAUCUUCCAGCUCCCAGCUAAAACUCAUUUAUGUGACCCCAGAGAAGAUUGCAAAAAGCAAGAUGUUUGUGUCCAAACUGGAGAAAGCUUAUCAAGCAGGAAGGCUUACGCACAUCGCAGUGGAUGAAGUCCAUUGCUGCAGCCAGUGGGGGCAUGACUUCAGACCUGAUUACAAAUUACUUGGUAUAUUAAAGCGUCAGUUUCCCAAUGCAUCAUUGAUCGGAUUGACUGCAACGGCAACAAGCCAUGUUCUGCGUGAUGCUCAGAAAAUUCUUUGUAUUCAGAAGUGCAUUACCUUCACAGCCUCAUUUAACCGACCCAACCUGUAUUAUGAGGUCCGGCAAAAGUCACCAGUUGCUCAGAACUUCAUUGAGGACAUUGUAAAACUCAUCAAUAGAAGAUACAAAGGUCUUUCAGGAAUUAUCUACUGCUUUUCCCAAAAGGAUGCUGAACAAGUUACAAUGAGUUUACAGCAACUAGGGAUCAAAGCCGGAACUUACCAUGCAAAUAUGGAACAUAAGGAUAAGAGCAGAGUUCACAAGCGCUGGUCUGCCAAUGAAAUCCAGAUUGUAGUGGCCACUGUUGCCUUUGGCAUGGGAAUUGAUAAGCCAGAUGUGAGAUUUGUAAUACAUCAUUCAAUGAGCAAAUCGAUGGAAAACUAUUACCAGGAAAGUGGGCGUGCAGGUCGGGAUGACCAGAAAGCUGAUUGCAUCUUAUACUAUGGUUUUGGGGAUAUAUUCAGAAUCAGCACAAUGGUGGUGAUGGAAAAUGUAGGACAACAGAAACUAUAUGACAUGGUUUCCUAUUGCCACAACCUGAACAGGUGCCGCCGAGUCCUGAUAGCUCAGCACUUUGAUGAGGCUUGGGAUUCCGCCAACUGUAACAAAAUGUGUGACAACUGCUGUCGAGAGGAGCCGUUUGAAAAAAUAGACGUGACAGGACAUUGCCUGGAUAUCAUCAAGAUUUUAAAGCAAGUGGACUGCAAGAAGGAGAAGUUCACUCCUCUAAAGCUGAUUGAUGCCUGGCUUGGGAAAGGACUGACAAAACUAGGAGCAGAUGUCGUUCCUACCAAACUUCCGCGUGCCGUACUAGAAAGAAUCAUUGCCCAUUUGAUACUGCAGCAGUACCUGAAAGAAGACUUCAGUUUUACAUCAUUUACUACCAUUUCCUAUGUGAAGAUAGGUCCCAAAGCUGAUCUUCUGAAAAAUAAGGGACAUGUUAUCACCAUGCAAGUGAUAGCAAGCAAAACCAGUAUUGCUAAGGUCAGAUCACCUCAAUUAUCCAGUCCAGCAAGUCAGAUUGGGAAGAAAAUAGAAGCUACAUGCAAAAAACAGAAAAGUAAAAGGACUCUUUUAGAAAACCACAUGCAAGCAAAAAAGCCUAAAACUGCUUUUUCUGAAGAUGAGGGUGAGCUUGUGAUCAUAGAAGAUUAAGAAAACGGAGUCUUAGAUGUCUUGCACUAUUCAUACCGACCUGUAGGAAAAACCAGGCAUGGACAAUAUUGUUUUUUAAAACAAAAAAAGAAAAAAGGAAAAAAAAACCAAUCUGCUUACAAGAUAAAGUGUUUGAAGAAAAUCUUCAUAGUAAUCAAAUAUUACCUGUUAUCAGCUACCGCUAUCAGCGUACAAGCUCAUUUCAGAGUUUCUUUCCUUUUUUGCAUGUCUUUUUGUACAAAAGUUUUGUUUGUGCAGGAAACAUUUUUUCACAUAAGUCAUAAUUCUUUUUUUUCUGUGCAAAUUCUUUGCAGAGUGAUUUUGUUAAACCCAUUAACAUUUGCCAGGAGGUGAUGAGGCAUUGGUCUUUUUCUCCCCAAAGGACAAAGAAUACCUUAUAUCAGUAUUUUAACAGGGGCCUGGAUGCAUUAAAAAGAUACUUUUUAAUUGUAAACAAGAAAA